ACACACACGUAGUUCGUAAGAAGGUUAAAAAGCUUCUUAGUGACUCUUGAGCGACUACUUUGACAACAGACAGUCGCUCCUGGCUGCAAUUGUAUUUGUGGAUUUUCUGAAGUUUUAAUACACGAAGAUGUACAAAGCUGGUAUAAAUAUUCGGGUGCAAGUUGUAAUAAUAACGUGUUGUUUGACCAAUUUGGUAUACUCUGUUCCUCUUUAUGCAUUUAGUACAUCGGAGCCACCAAGAAAAUUAGUGCAAACUGGAAUUGAGGAAAGUGCACAAGUAUUAAAAAAUUGGUUUCCAUACGAUGACAGCGUUCAAAACUGGAACUACUUUUACUCGGUUCCUUCUGUCGUAUAUGAAAAGAUUAAACCACAACCAACUUCAGACAUCAACAAAUUAACUCGGGGCAACAAAAAGUACUCUGACCGCAUACAAGUUAAUGAGGAGUAUGAGGACUCUAGUCGCAGUGAAAUACCUGGUUCAUUUAACUCAGAAACGAAUGAAGGGUCUAGUUCCCAACAGGAUUUUGAUAGUAACAUAGUCAGCUGGUCUGCAACUGGCACAGACUAUAGUGAUGCGACGUCUGAAUAUGAGACGACAACAAAUAGCCUGGAGAAUCGUCUCGGCGGCGGGGCCGGAGGUGCGUCGCCUGCAGUUCUAGCCUCACUUCUUGGCUAAACUAUUACUUACCAAUUGUUUUACUUUUUAUAUGUAGUUUAAAUCAUAUUAAAUAUUUUGGAAUUUAA